GCUCAAUUAAUUUUGACAAGGUCGGGAAGAUUUUAUUUACGGUCAAUUGUUUUCGUUAUCUUAUCGCAUUAUCAAUGUUUUAAUUACAUUGUUUUACUUAAUGAGCGUCAUUUCAAUCUAAACUUCUAUUUUACUAGAAAGAGGAACUUUAAUUAUAUUUAUUCUCGCGAGGGUACUCAAGAGUUAACCGUAAAAGAAACAUUAACUGUAGCAUUUAAUGACCGGAUGGGAAGAUUUUUAGCUAGACCUUUUGUAUUAUUCUUGACUGGUACACCAAGCUUUCGCAAGAUGAGCAUCGACAUUGGAGGAAUGAGAAUCAAAUACAAGGACAAGGAUGACACCUUUCUGGAAAAGCACCUAGUGUCUAAGGAACCUUUUGGUCAAUUUAAGGCUUGGUUUGAAGAGGCUUGCACUAAAAAGGAAAUCCUUGAGCCAAAUGCUAUGUGCUUAGCCACCGUGUCACCGCAAGGUUUUCCUUCAGCGAGAUUUGUUUUACUGAAAGGCUAUGGAAAGGAGGGCUUCAAGUUCUUCACCAACUAUGAAAGCAGAAAAGCUAGAGAAAUGGAUCUCAAUCCAAAUGUAGCGGCAACCUUUUACUGGGAAGUCCUAAACAGAUCCAUAAGGAUCGAAGGUCAAGUAGAAAAGCUAUCAGAAGAGGAAUCGACAACAUACUUCCAUUCCCGGCCGGUCCCAAGCCAGAUUGCAGCCUGUGCUAGUCAUCAGAGCACUCCAAUAGAGUCGAGGGAUGUGUUGUGCGAGCGAGAGAGUGUACUAGAGGCUCAGUAUCUGAUACCUGAGAAGGAAGUUCCUAAGCCAAACUAUUGGGGCGGCUACAUCAUUCGUCCGCGAGCUGUAGAGUUCUGGCAAGGCCAGCGGGACCGUCUCCACGACAGGAUCAAGUUCAGGAAGGCAAAUGUAGGCGAACAGCCAGAUGGAAAGCUGCUGCACGAGGGAGAGGAUGGAUGGGUUUAUGAAAGACUCUCACCAUAAGUUUCUACUGACCAUGCAGCCCUGAUGGCUAUAUCACCUGAUGUUUUUUUUUAUUUUUACAUAGUAAUUCAGUGAACAAAUUCUAUCAGCUUAAUGAUGAAAAGUUGUAAUAAUGUAAGUAUGUAUAUAAACACUUUAUUGUAUAUAAGAUAGAUUACAAACAUAAUAAAGCAAAAUAUAUACAAUAUAUAAAGGCGAACCUAUCCCCAUUAGCCAUCUCUUCCAGUCAACCUUUGAGCAAUUAAGAGUAAAAAAAAUAAUAAAUCACAAUAGACAAACAAACACUAUGUACAGAAAGUAAAUCAUGGUUCAAUUAUUACAAUCGUAAAUAAUUAAAACCCUGCUUAAUUGCUUGAAUAAGUUUAAGUUUCAAGCAGAUUUAAUAACUUUUGUAAAGAUAUUAAUGAUCUUUGUUUCAAGCAUUAAUUUUAAUAUGGGUAAGAAAGUCUUCCAACAGUAGUUAUAAUAUAUUUUAUUUACAAUGUUGAUGUUUUACAACACCUUUGUUACACUUAAUUUAAAUAAAUGAAUGUCAUGUCUU